AUGAGUGUGUCGGAUGCGACUGCAACCCCGCCAUGUUUUGAUCCAUCAAAACCGCUGCCCAUUGAAGAUGUGAAGGCAGUGCAGCUUGAAGCAUUUUCAGUGGGCGCUGAUUUUUUCUACAAACUCAUCGAUGAAACGGCAUGGAUUAGCUCAAGGCACCUGGAAAUGGCAACCUUUCUUAUCCGGAAACGGCAACUCUCUCAUCCGUUGCUAUUUGGAACCGACUGGACAACGGCAGAUUAUGCCUUGCAGCAAUUUCUAGAGCCGUUAAAAGCGACUGGCAAGACACGUGGAUCGAAGAAGGCAGCAGCUUCAAACACCAGUGACCUUCCAGCCAACAAGCUGAAGAAUGUACAUCACUUUGUGCACGGUACGUGGCAACACGGGUAUGCCCAAGCUUGGAAAAAAGUCCGCAGAGUGUAUUUUCCAUAUAAUCUUCGAGAGUCCCAUUGGGUUGCAAUCGAAAUUGAUUUCGUCCGACAUACUGCAACUGUGUAUGACUCAUAUGUUGAUUAUACCAAAUCUUCGAAGCUGGUUACACUUCUGCAACCUGUUAGCGAUACGCUUGCACGAGUGCUGUACAAUAUGAAGUUUUAUGAAGAUUCUGAGGUUGAAGAGGUGAAGCAAAAGGGGCUGCAGAUGUCGAGGUUUACGCCUUUCUCAGUUUGCAUCAUUGGAGGUGUGCCACAACAACGAGAUGGUUGUAAUUUCCCAACUUAUUGGCCUCACAGUACGUCUUGCGGAAUCAUGACCGUUCAAUUCAUCGAGCAUCUCAGUGCUGGGCUUUCGGUGCAUAAAAUUGACCCGUCGAAGAUCAAAUAUUACCGACUGAAGCUUGCAAUAGAGGGGAGCUUGUGUCUUGUUGCUGAAAAAAUUGAUGGAUUUGUGUUUAGGAGCUGGUGUGUCAUAUGUCCUGCUGGAUUGACACCUGUUAUAUUGAUAGUUUGCACUGAUCUGGUUCGUGGUGCAAAGGACAAGAGGCUCCGGGUUAAGGGACCCGUGAGAAUGCCAACCAAGGUUCUGCACAUUACCACCAGGAAGUCUCCUUGUGGUGAAGGUACCAACACAUGGGACAGAUUUGAGUUGCGUGUCCACAAGAGGGUGAUUGACCUCUUCAGUUCACCUGAUGUUGUCAAGCAAAUUACUUCCAUUACAAUUGAACCUGGUGUGGAAGUGGAGGUUACAAUCGCAGACUCUUAA